UUUCUGUGUGUUGACAAUUAUAAUUUAGAGCACUUCGCUGUUUUGAAAAAUUUCGACAACGCGUGAUUCGUAGCUGCAACCAAUUCCUGAUAUAUUGUUUACCAAUACCGUUAAUUAUCGAAGUGUAAAUAAAGCGACAGCAAGACCAGCAAUGAGAUCCAUUUUCCUAUUCGCAAACUAGUUAUCGCCACUAAAAAUUUCGUGAUAUUAUUGCUCUGUAAUUUUUGUUUUUCUUUUCGAUGUUUAUACGUGCAACCAACCACAUCCUCGAAUCUGGUGGACAAAAUCGGAGGUUUUGAUUUGUUCGACUUGUUCCCCCAUUUAUCUUGUAACGUAUCAUGCAGAUAUUUCCAUUAGACAAACCGAAUUUCCGAGUUUAAUUGAUCUUUUACUUGCAGCGAAAAUUCGUCGCUGUAUUUUUAAUCGCUGCUUAUGGUUUUUGGAUCGACAAAAAAGGAUUGAAAAAUAUACAUAUGCACACAUAUUGGUAGAAAAAAAAAGCAACGAGGUGCCGACGCUCUGGAACUACUACUUCUUCGACGACGCUUCUGGAAGGGGAACACAUUUAUACCUAGCAGGCGUUCCAGACAUGCAGUCGGGGUUAGUUUGUAAAAAGACGCGACCGAGGUUGGAUCGUUGGGCGUGGUGUACCUGAACCGGCAUAAUCUAUCCACCUGCAGACACGGACGAUUCGAGAAGAGUGCAUCGACAGAAAUCGGUCGGGAAAAUGGAUGUAUCGUGGCUGAUCGGCUUCUUCCUAGGAAUCGAGUUCCUCUGCGACCGGACAACUCUCGCUCACAUCUCCGUACUCUCGAUCCCUAGGGAUGCUAUUGGCUCUGGAACGCAGUACCGAUUCCAAUACUUCGUGCGCGACGAGCACGGGGAUUACAAAACUCAGGAAGAAGCUGGAGAAGGUGGAAGCGCACGUGGAAGCUACGCCGUCGAGGAGCCGAACGGUGAAUUGAGAAUCGUCCAAUACACGACGGACCUAAGCGGCGGAUUCAAGGCGCACAUAAAGGUGGAUCACGCGGGAAAAUCGCCGUCAAAACUCCAGGAGAUCGACAUACCGGCUGAGGAGAUGCGGAAGUUGAUGAACGAGAACCGACGGAAGAAGGCGGAACCGGACGUGCCGGAAGUGAAAUCGUCGAAAAGCUACGUUCUCGGUCCGCCCCGAAAAAUGUCCGACAUUGUGAUGGAGCAGGCGGCAGCGAUCAGGGAAAUUAUAUCCAAGGAAAUAAAGGCGGAGGAGGAACGCGAGGGAAAGCGGAAGGGCAGCGAGAAUCUGAUGGAUGAAAAUCUUGGAUCGACGGACGUCGUCGACUGCGACGAGGAGAAAACGGGCGCAAAAAUUUCGGAAAUACCGCCUCCUCGUAUUUCCUCCUCUCAAGUUCAGGACAAGACAAAAACAACGCCUCCUUCUUCGCGCCGUGGAAGCGAAGAAACGCAGGAGCAAUCCGUCGACGAGGUCGACUCACGGGACGAAGUUUGCGGAUCCGGAGGCUGUCAGUCAUAUUCCGGCGAAAGAACUGCCAAGACAGUUUCGAUCAAGGACCAAACACAGGGAAAAAACAAUUUCCAGGUUCCGACAGACAACUUAGAGAUCGGGAAGAUCGGGACAGAGACCGCGAAUCUCCAGGAAGGGGAUCCGCAGUCUCCGUUGGUCCGCGCCGCCGUGACUUCUAGAAAAAUCGACGAGAGUCCGAGUCUCCCUCAGGUAGCAAAGCCGAGUCCGGAAGUUUCGGGAGGCCCCGUGAAAAAUUUCACCUUUAAGAACCGCAUAAUGUUUUACAAGCCGGCGGAUAAGAGUCCGAACGGCUCUCCGAAUCCGAAUCUGCUCAGAACGUCCGACGGCGUUGAGAAGUCCGUAAAUCUUGCUGGAAACUUGGCCAAUGAGAAUCAAGCGAGCACCGGAGGACUAGAAGAAAUAGUCCUAUACUCGCCGCAGGCGGAGAACGGAGACCAGGGCGAUCGGAAGCGCAGGUUCAUCAAGGUGCCCUACGAAGUGUUGAGACCCUACUUCGCCGGCGUGCAAGAAGAGGAAGAAAAGAAAAUGACAAAGUGAUUGAUCGAAUAGAGAGAAGAUAUUAUUGUAAUAAUGAACAGAUUUAUAGUGUUGCGAAGAAUUUGCUACAACACAAUGCUGCGUAAUUACAACGAUAUACAUACUUACCUUACAUACGUAAUACGAUUAAUGAAUUUGUGAUUUACACAAUACGAUAGUAUUUUUAGACGUACUGUACGUAUUUUUUAAAUAUUCAUUCGAAAAAUUGUACUGGAAUUUAUAUACAUUUUUUAUUCAUAAUAAUUUACGUUCCGGUUACUUAUAUACUUAUAUCGAUUCCUCGAGGCAUAACGUAUAUAAAGUUGAAAUUUAUACUUUGAGUUGAAUUUUAAUUUUAAUAAAUUACAGCUGCCUCGAGUUAUGAAACCGCAGAAAAUAAUGACAUUUAGAAACUUCAAUUACUUGUAUAUUACUCAGCCGUGGAUGACUCCACGCGUUCGUCUAAUUUGGGCAUAAUUUCGUAUUUUAAUAUUUAGAAACCGAUGACUUAACGGUGGUGGUGAUGAUUUUAGUAAAUGGGUCGGUGCCACGUGCAAUUUUGAUAAUAAUCGCGAUGGUUUGUGAAGUGCGACCACAACACACAACCUGUGUUCAAACGACUGAUGAUUUUACACACUGUACAGUCCAAACUACGUAAGAUAUACAGUGUAUACCGUUGAAUUUUACUUAUAGUAAAUAAAUAAACAGUUGAGUGAAUGAAUAAAUGAUCAAACAAA